AUGAACGGCCAUGUUAAUUUCGGCAAGGAAAAACUUGUGGUGGAGGUAGUGGAAGCCCACAAUCUCAUGCCGAAAGAUGGCGAGGGUUCGUCGUCGCCGUUUGUUGAAGUGGAGUUCGAGAACCAGAGGCAGAGAACCCAGGUCAAAUACAAGGAUUUGAACCCUGUUUGGAACGAGAAGCUUGUGUUUCACGUUAAAGACGUUGCAGAUCUUCCUUACAGAACAAUAGAGAUCAACGUGUUCAACGAGAGGCGUUCUGGCAACAGCAGAAACUUCCUGGGCAAGGUGAGGGUCUCUGGGACCAACAUUGUGAAGGAAGGAGAAGAGGAGGUUCAGAGAUGUACGCUUGACAAAAGAAGCUUGUUUUCUCAUAUCAAAGGGGAAAUAAGCUUCAAGCUUUAUCUCACCACCAGAGCAGAUGUCAAAGGUUUGGGUGGUAAUAAUGGAAUAGUGUCAUCUGUUUCUUCCUCUUCUGCGUCUACGCCUUCUGGGUUCUCAAAGAAGAGCAAGAAACUGCAUGGAGCAAACUCGGUCAUGGCUGCGCAACAACAAAUGAUGCAGGAAAAUAAGCCAGCGCAUCAAGUUCAAAACUUUUCAAAGGCUUUGGAGCAGAACCCAACUGAAAACAAGCCCAUUGUCAUCACUACCGGACUUGGCCCUGCUGUUCCCGCCGGCGCUAGUCCAGCUGUUGGAGUUGCUAGUGGCGCCGUGGGUGGCACCGGAACGGGUAUGUUCUCGAAUCGUUCUUUCGAGUUUUCACUCAAAGAAACACGGCCACAACUCGGAGGUGAGUCUUUGAAGGACAAAACUAGUUCAACCUAUGAUCUUGUUGAGCAAAUGCAAUAUCUUUAUGUUAAGGUUGUGAGAGCUCGUGACAUCUCUCUGUUCGGUGGAGGUGAGUUGGUUGCGGAAGUGAAGCUGGGAAAUUACAGAGGAAUCACUAAGAGGGCCCCAUUGAAUAAUGCAGAAUGGGAACAAGUCUUUGCAUUUUCCAAAGAUUGCAUACAGUCAUCAAUGGCGGAGAUCUUCGUCAAGGAGAGCAACAAAGAUGACUAUCUGGGUCGGGUCCUGUUCGAUUUGAGCGAGGUACCCACACGUGUCCCUCCAGAUAGUCAACUAGCUCCACAAUGGUACAGAAUGGAGGACAAGAAAGGCGACAAGACCAAAACAGGGGAAGUAAUGGUAUCUAUAUGGUUUGGAACACAAGCUGACGAAGCAUUCGCGGAAGCAUGGCAUUCUAAAACCUCAAAUGUUCAUUUUGAUGGGCUCAGUUCGAUUAAGUCAAAGGUCUAUCUCUCCCCAAAGCUCUGGUACCUCAAAGUGUCCAUCAUUGAAGCACAGGACAUCAUUCCAGGGGAUAAAAACUCGGUUUUGGUUAGAUUCCCCGAGCUUACAGCAAAAGUCCAAGUGGGAAACCAGGUUCUCAGAACCAGAAUCGCUGCUCCUUCUGCCAACCGAAGCUUCUCGAAUCCUUGUUGGAACGAAGAAUUAUUAUUUGUCGUCGCGGAACCUUUCGAAGAUUACUUGUUAAUUUCUGUGGAAGAUCGUGUUCGACCAGGAAGAGACGAGGUAGUAGGCAGAGUGCUUUUGCCUGUGGCUGCAAUUGAAAGACGAGCUGAUGACAAGCCAGUGACUUCUAGGUGGUUCAACCUCGACAAUGCAAACAACUUAGCUAACAUAGCUGAUACUAAGGUUGUUACAAGGUUUGGUUCCAGGAUUCAUCUUCGCGUGUCGCUUGAUGGAGGGUACCAUGUGCUUGAUGAAGCCACAAUGUAUAGCAGCGACGUUAGGCCUACUGAUAAGAGACUUUGGAAACCUCGCAUUGGGGUUCUUGAAAUGGGAAUCCUCGGAGCCACGGGGCUGAUGCCUGUUAAGAUCAAGGAUGGCAAAGGAGGAUCAACAGAUGCGUAUUGUGUUGCAAAAUAUGGUCAAAAAUGGGUGAGAACUCGUACAGUGGUGGAUAGUUUGUCACCAAAGUGGAACGAACAGUACACUUGGGAAGUUUAUGAUCCUUGCACUGUAGUAACCAUUGGGGUUUUUGACAAUUCUAGAAUUGACAAAAGCACACACAACAGUAACAACAAUUCUGGAGGAGCAACGAGUCGUGAUUCCCGGAUAGGGAAGGUAAGGAUCAGAUUGUCCACCCUCGAAACAGAUAGAGUUUACACCCAUUCAUACCCGCUUCUGAUGCUGCAUUCUUCUGGGGUGAAGAAAAUGGGUGAGCUUCACUUGGCUGUGAGGUUCUCAUGCGCCAACAUGGCCAACAUGCUUCAUAUGUACUCAGUGCCAUUGCUUCCUAAAAUGCACUAUAUCCAUCCUUUAAGUGUAAGCCAACUAGACAACAUGAGAUAUCAAGCCAUGAAUGUUGUAGCAUCGAGGCUGAGCAGAGCAGAGCCACCGUUGGGUAGAGAGGUGGUAGAGUACAUGCUUGACCAUGAUUCUCACAUGUGGAGUAUGAGGAGAAGCAAAGCAAAUUUCUUCAGGCUGAUGAACGUCCUCUCAGGCAUAGUUUCUGCAGGAAGAUGGCUAGAAUCAAUCAGAAACUGGCAAAAACCAAUAUACUCAGCCCUGUUUCUGAUCAUUUUUCUCACAUUAGUUAUGUUUCCUGAACUCAUAAUCCCCUGCGUAUUACUCUACAUGGCUUGCGUGGGACUGUGGCGGUACAGGACACGGCCACGUCACCCACCACACAUGGAUACGAGGCUGUCGCAUGCUGAGAGUGUAUACCCAGAUGAGCUGGACGAGGAGUUUGAUUCAUUUCCGACGAGUAGAAGUGCGGAGAUAGUGAGGAUGAGGUAUGACAGGCUGAGAAGUGUGGCGGGGAGGAUACAGACGGUGGUCGGAGACAUGGCGACACAAGGGGAAAGGUUUCAGGCAGUGCUGAGCUGGAGAGACCCGAGGGCAACGUUGUUGUUUGUGUUAUCUUGUCUUGCUGCGGCGGUCGGGUUCUAUGCGGUACCGAUCAGAGUGGUGGUGGCUGUGUUGGGAGUGUACUGCCUGAGGCCUCCGAGGUUUAGAAGCAAGUUGCCGUCACCGGCGUUAAGCUUCUUCAGAAGAUUGCCGACCAAAGCGGACAGCUUGUUGUAGAUGAGUGGGGGGUCUAGGUGUAGGUAGGAAGGAUUGUUGUCAUCUGGACAGUGGACAUAUG